AUGAGUCGUGGAGUAGGGAGCAUGUGCAAAAUUGAUUCCCAAAUUCCUUCAACUUUUGAGCAGGGAGCAUGUGCAACCCCUCUCUCUGUUUCCCCGGUUUCGAUUUAUGCCAAGCCUGGAAAAUAUUAUGCUUUACGCUAUCAUAAUAUCCGUGACCCACAAAAGUUCUAUCUAUAUAAUAAGGGGCAGCUUCGGAGUUAUGAAUAA